AUGACACCGUUCCAACUCGUCUACGGCAAGGCAUGCCAUCUCCCCGUGAAAUUGGAGCACAAAGCUUACUGGGCCACCAAGCAGUUGAACUACGACCUCAAAUCUGCAGCCGAGAAACGAGUUCUCUCGCUCCAUCAUCUUGAGGAAAUCCGCCUUGACGCGUAUGAAAACGCAAAAAUCUACAAAGAGCGGACGAAGAAAUGGCACGACAAGCAUAUCCUCCAGCGUAACUUCCAGGUAAACGAUCUUGUCCUUUUGUUUAACUCACGGUUGCGACUUUUUCUAGGAAAGUUGAAAUCGCGGUGGUCUGGUCCGUUCAAGAUCAAAUCCGUAUCACCAAGUGGUGCGAUCGAACUAUGGGAUCAUCCCGAAGGUUCAUUCAAAACUAACGCUCAACGCCUGAAGCUCUACAACCCUGCUUUUCCAUCGGACACGAGAGGAGCCAUCGCCCUCUCCGAUCCCGCAGAGUCGUGA